AUGGAACUUUUAAUAGCUGCAGGUGCUGCUGGUUUAGUUGGUUAUGCGUAUGGGAAACAUAGAGAACGUCGUCAAGUAGCAAAUGGAUAUCUAACAUAUCAUCACAACGGAUACGAUACACCACAAUAUGCUAAUUUGCAUUAUGGUAGUAGAGGCAACCGUCACAGAGGUUCAUCUCAUCAUCAUCAUGAAACUGGUUAUUACAAUACUACACAUGCAUCUUAA